GGACGAUCUAGAAAAUUAACGACGCCGUUUGGAGAACGGUCUUCUUUGCCAAAGCCCAAAUAUAAGAAAGUGCUUGUGCUGACGGUGAGCGGUGACUGACGCAACUACUGGUGCUCCUGCGACGGUCGUGGCGGUGACGGGAACGCAAACAACGCCGGAACUCUAGGUGCACGAGAGAUGUCCAGGUUUCGAGCAGUGUGGCAAGCUUCUCUGAAUGCAACUAAGAAAGCUCUCACUUGGAAUGUUGAAGACUUGAUGCCUCCUACAGAAAGAUAUAUAUUCAAUUUUAAUUCAAAGGAAGAACUAAAAAAGUGGCAUCUAUAUUCAGAUUCUGAAUAUGGAGGUUUGUCCUCAGCAUCUUUGGAGAUCAAAGAAUCUGAUAACGGAAAUAGUGGGAUUUUCUCUGGGAACCUUUCCUUGGAUGUUACUGAGGGUUCAAAAUGGAAAAUUACUCGCAGUGGCUUCUGUGGAAUGCGGUCCAAAAAGUUUGAUGGCUUCAUUGAUUUGGAUGCAUAUGAUACAAUAGCACUGAAGCUUAAAGGAGAUGGAAGAUGCUACAUAUCUACUAUCUAUACCGAAAAUUGGGUCAAUUCACCUGGACAACAGGAAGAUAACUCAUGGCAGUCUUUUGUUUUUGUACCCAAAGACAAUUGGUAUAUUGCAAAGAUUCCUCUUGCUCGAUAUUUACCAACAUGGAGAGGCAACGUUAUAGAUGCAGAAAUGGAAAUGAAUCCAUCUCGUAUUCUUGGAAUGUCUCUGUCUGUUAAUGCUGAAGGUGGUGCGCCAGGCGCUAGAUCUGGACCCGGCGAUUUCAGGGUUGAUAUUGAUUGGAUCAAGGCGUUGAGAACACAAUAAGUUUAUGUAGACUACUUUGGAGAGGAGAGAUUAGUUGUAUUGAGGUGCUGAUUUUGUGUUAUUCUACUUUGAUCAACGAAAGGAGCUUUCAGUGAGCAGAACGAGUAUGAGAAUUGAAAAUUCAAAGCGCGGAUGGAUUGGUGAUCCUUGAUGCUAAGGUGUUGAACGCCUGCUUAAAAAGGGCGACAAUUUCCGUCCCUAACGGAUAGAGAUUCUUAGCAAAAUUAAUUCGAGCAAUAACUGCGAGAAAGAGUUUAUAGAACUUAUUUGUCCACAUAAAUAGCUGGACAGUUCAAAAUUUAUUUGGACACGUGAGUCUUAUACGAAGGUUCUUACAAUUGCUCUAA